UGAAUAAAUUAUAAGUAAAAAAUAAUACAAUAUUUGGAUUGGUUAAAAUUUGUUUUACAGUGAAAUUAAAAGCCUCUCUUAGGGUAAUAUAAAUAUUUCUGGUUUCUAAACGAAAUAAGGUCAGCUUAUAAAGAAACUGCGAAAACAAUUAUAUUAUAUUAUGUCUACUGUGGAAUACUUUUGGAAAUCUAAGGACUUCUUCACUGAUGCAUGGUGAUAGUGCCAUAGACACAUGUGUGUUAUUAAGAUUUUCUGCAUCCAAAGCUAAACUAGAUUGAAUAACUAUUUUAGUAAUAUCACUUCCAAAGAAAAUAAAAUGGGUGACUUGUACUUAAAUGUCAAUUUGGUGUUAGAUAGUAAACCAAUCUCAGUUCCUUAUACUGCAAAUAAGACAACAGCAGAAGAUAUUUGUAUUUAUAUUUGUAAACAACUGAAUAUUGGAAACUUGACCCGUCAUGUGUUUGGUCUUCGUUUGAGUGGAAAAAAUGUUUUCCUUAUGUCAGCAGCUACCUUCACUGAAAAACCUUCACCUCUUGACUUUAGAAUAAGAUUUAAAGUUGCAAAUGUAUUCAAGCUAAAGAAAUUAGAUGUCAAUACCUAUAACUAUUAUUUCCACCAAGCAAGAAAUGAUGUUCUAGAAAAUAAGAUACCAGAUAUUAUUUAUGAAAAGUGUAGAAGGGAAUUAGUUGGAUUAGGGAUUACUGAUAUGUUUAGAGUAAUGUUAGAAAAAGACAUACCAAGAGAAACUGUGGAGAGUGAAUAUAAGAAAUAUAUUCCCAGAGAGGUUAUAAAGAGGCAUGCAUUUUUCAUCAAGAAGCCAAUACAUGAAACACUUGGUAAAUUACAGAAAUCUGAUCAUGAUGCAUCAUAUGUAAAAACUGAGUAUUUAAAACAGUUGGAAACAUUGGCACCUGAAUACUUAUCUGAAUCAUAUAAAGCUGUAGUGGAUCAAGAUGGGUCUAUUUGUAAUAUAAUUAUAAAAGUUUCUCCUUAUCAUCCUACAGAACCAGGUGUGAAAUAUUGUUUGGAAUCAAAGAAGGAUCAGUGGAAUUUAAUAUGUACAAUAGAAGAUAUAGGUUUUGUGUCUAUAAGAGAUGAUGGCACAACAGAAAUUAGUCGUAGAAAUGGGAUACCAUUUUAUUUAAAAUUUAACUCAUUAAGUAUACUAUAUUCAUUUAUAAGCCUAUUAGAUGGUUACUAUAGGUUAACUUGUAAGUGGACUUUUAACAUUUGUAAAGAAGUAUAUACACCUUCUCUACAAAAGCUGCAUUUUAUGAAAUGUCAUGGUCCAGUAGGAGGAGAGUUUUCUUAUGCUAAAUUAGAAGAAAAAAGGGGAAAUAGAGCAGGGUGUUUCAUUGUUAGAGAGAGUGAAUCAAAAUAUAAUGACUAUUACAUAGAUGUUUGUAUAAAAGAUAACUUAAAGCCCAGAACAUUCAAAUUAGAAAAGAUAAGUGGUGGUGAAUUGAUUUUUACUAAUGACUUAGCUAAUGAUUUAACAAAGUAUAAGAGUAUUCAACAAUUAAUGUCAGCUUAUCAAGAUCCUAAUGCUUCAGUAUACUUGCAGGAGUGUCUACCUCCCUCUGAAUAUGACAUUUCACCACUUCUUCUUUGCAGAAGUGAGACUUUGGUUGGGGAUUUAUUGACUGACAGCUCUGUGUUAAAUUCCAUUAAUAUGCCCACAUUACCUGUAUGUAUAAAUUGCAAAAGUUUACAGGUGUUUAAAGGCCAAGAAAAAGAAGGCUUUAGUGGUAUAACAUUAGUUCAUCGGAGUAUGUGGAAAAUAACUAAAGGUAAAAAAAUUGAAGUAGCUAUGAAACUUUUAAAGAAUAAUUAUUCAGAUCGAUAUGUGAAACAGUUUCUGUCACUUGCAGGUCAGUGGGCGUUUUUACAAUCUAGUUCUAUAGUUAGAUUGUAUGGCAUUGCUUUUACUAGUGAUAUUGCACUUGUUUUAGAAUAUUUUCGACUAGGUCCUCUGGAUCAAUAUUUAAGAACACAUAAAGAGACUGUAAAGCAAGUAGAUUUAAUUGAAGCUGCAGGCAGCAUUGCGUCAGCUCUAUGGCAUUUAACAGAAAACAAUAUAGUUCAUGGUAGAAUUCGUUGUCGUAAAAUAAUGGUAAGUGUACAUGAUGAAAAUUCAUUUAUUGUCAAAUUAACAGAUCCAGGAAUUCACACAGAGUAUACACCUUCCGAAGUUCAUUGGAUUCCAAUAGAAUGCUAUACUAAUCUCAAUUAUGCCAAAAGGUCUGUAGAAGCUGAUGUUUGGGCAUUUGCUACAACUCUGUGGGAAAUGUUUAUGUACGGUGAAGAAAUUAAAUCAUUUAAAUCUAACGACCACCUUCAAGCUAUGAGAUGGUAUGCCAGUGGUAAAAGAUUACCACAACCUCCUAUUUGUUCCAGCGAAAUAUACAGUCUUAUGAAAGAAUGUUGGGAUAACGAUCCACACAAAAGAAAAAAGCCGCAAGCAAUUAUGCGAGAUGUUAAUCAAAUUUUAUAUCAAGUAUACAAUUCUAGAAGAGUGCAUUCAUAUGCAAAAGUGUUUAGUAAAGCUGACAGUCAAAGUUUAAGUGGCUAUUCUGUAAAUAGUUCCAAUAUUACAGAAAGUACAAUACUUUAUAAUGAUUUAAUAAACAGUACUCAUAUAUCAAGUGAUAUGUCAGACUAUAACAGUUUAUCAGACAGUACAUCUCAGUUAAAACUGAUCAACGAUGAUAUCAGUUUUGAUGAGUCUUGUACAUAUGAAUUUUCAACCAUAUUUUCAAAUCUAAAUCUUUCCACAGCCACUACGUCUCUAGAUAGUCUCAACACAAUGCAAACUGUUUUUGAAUUGGAUGAUAACUACAAUGUAGUUCUUCAGGGACGAAUAGGCCAAGGAUUUUAUGGAGAUGUGUUUCAAGGAAUGUUAGAAUUUGUAGAUAGUCAAGAUGGAGAGCCUAGAAAAGUGGCAGUUAAAAAAUUAAAAGCAUCUUCUGUCUCUUCAUGUUUACAAGAUUUUGAGCGAGAAAUUAAUAUAAUGAAAUCUCUAAAGCACCCGAAUAUAGUUGAGAUCCUUGGAGUAUUACGAGAACCAGAAAUCUCACUUGUAAUGGAAUUUGUUCACCAUGGAUCACUUCAAAGCUACUUAAAAAUUCAUAAAGAAUCUCUUACAGAGGUUCAGCUCCUAAAGUAUGCAUUAGAUAUUGCUAAGGGAAUGGAGUAUCUAGGAACAAAGAAUAUUGUUCAUAGAGAUUUAGCUGCUAGAAAUAUUCUUGUAGUUGAUGAGAAUCAUGUUAAAAUUUCUGACUUUGGGCUGGCUCAAGUAAUAGGUACUAAUGAUUACUAUAUUGUUAAGACACCUAAUAGAGAGUUACCUAUUAAGUGGUAUGCACCAGAAAGUCUUCGAGAUGGUAAAUUUUCAGUGAGAUCUGAUAUUUGGUCUUAUGGUGUUACUAUGUGUGAAUUAUUUAAUUUUGGUGAAGAGCCUAUGUUAGCUCAUAUGGACGAAAAAAUGCAGGCUCCACAACAGCAAAUUUUAUUGGCAGCCUUAGAAAAAGGUUCACGAUUCCCACCUCCACCAAAAUGCCCUGCUACUGUUUAUGUUAGGAUAAUUCAUCCAUGUUGGAUGGCAGAUCCGCAUGAGAGGCCAAUGUUUUCUACUUUGAUUUUAGAAAUUACAGAUCUUAUGUCCCAAUUUUGAUUGUAUUUGGGAAUUAACUUUUUAACUUGACUGAGCUUUAAAUAAAAAUAGUAUAUUUAUAUAUGCAUUAGUUAUACAAUUUAUAUAUUAGUAAUGGUUGAAAGAUUGGCUUUUCUCAUAGUUUGUUAUUAUAUUUUUUAAUAUAAUGAAAAGUGUUUUGCCUUGUUCUAAUAUCCACAGUUAACCGUUGCUACUAUAUGUUGAAUUAUUAGUGGUGUAUACAAUUGACGAUGUUGUUUUGGGUUUUGAAUCAGAC